CGAAAAUUCUUCAGUUUUUCUCCGAUUUCACUAUGACAGACAAGAGCAAACUUCUGUUACUCUUCGAUCGUCCCCAAGAACCCUCCUUUAUGCCCAAAGGCAACAAGGAGGUCUUCGACGUCCCUAACAACUUUCUUCCGGAGAGAUACAAGCCGAUUGGGGUGCAAAUCGCCAACCGUUUCGGCGAACAGGCCAACGAGAAAAUUCCACUGAAAAACAUCACCCCUCCCGAUUUAGAGGGAGUCCUCGAUCUCGGUCGUCACGAAAACUUUUCACUUUUUGUCCCCAAACAUCGCAAAGUUGCCGGAAAACUCAUCCGGAUUUUCCUAGCAGCGGAAUCAAUCGAUGAUCUGUUAUCCAACGCUGUUUUCUGCAGGGAUAGGGUAAAUCCUUAUUUGUUUUACUAUGCGUUUUCAGUGGCCCUUUUGCACCGACCUGACACUCAAAAUUUGGACCUCCCGUCUUUUAUUCACGUGUUUCCGGAUAAGUAUGUCGAUAGUCAGGUGUUUGCAAGGGCCAGAGAGGAGGCCCACAUUGUCCCAGAAGGCUCAAGGACCCCGAUUGAAAUUCCACAAGACUUCACGGCUUCUGAUUUAGAUGAAGAGCAUCGAGUGGCUUACUGGCGUGAAGACAUCGGGCUUAAUCUCCACCAUUGGCACUGGCAUCUGGUGUAUCCCUUUGAAGGGGCCCGUGAAAUCGUCGAUAAAAAUCGCCGAGGUGAAAUUUUCUACUACAUGCACCAACAGAUCAUCGCUCGGUUCAAUAUUGAGCGACUUUGCAAUGGUUUAAAAAGGGUGGUGAAACUGAGUAACUGGCGAGAGCCCCUCCCAGAGGCCUAUUUCCCAAAACUGGACAGUCUUGUGUCUAGUAGGACGUGGCCGGCAAGACCCGUUAACCAACUCCCACGGGACCUUAACCGAGAAGUUGACCAAAUUCGCUUAAGUCUGGAUGAUUUGGAUCGGUGGAGAGACAGGAUUUAUGAUGCCAUUCAUUCGGGAAUGGUUCGAGGGGAGAACGGUCAAAAUAUUCCUUUGACUGAAUUCGAGGGAAUCGAUGUCUUGGGGAAUAUCAUCGAAUCGAGCAUUUUGUCACCCAAUCGCAACUAUUAUGGCGAUUUUCACAACAUGGGACACAUCCUAAUUGGCUAUAUUCAUGACCCUGACCACAGAUUUUUGGAGCCGUUCGGAGUCAUGGCUGACCCCGCAGUCGAUUUACGUGAUCCGCUUUUUUUCCGUUGGCACGCCUACAUUGAUGACAUGUUCCAGGAGUUUAAAGCCACACUUCCGCGAUACACCGUGGCUCAACUGAAUUAUCCUGGAGUCACUGUUAACAGCAUUGAGGUGCAAGCUAAAGGGGGAAGGCCAAAUAUACUUAGCACAUUUUGGCAACAAUCCGACUUGGAUUUGUCUCGAGGCUUAGAUUUCCAGCCCCGAGGUUCCGUUUUCGUCCGUUUCACCCACUUGCAAAACCAGGAUUUCACUUAUAAAAUCACAGUCAACAACUCGGGGAAUAACCGGAUGGGGACAUGUCGAAUUUUCCUAGCGCCGAAAUUCGACGAAAGGGGAAAUCCCUGGCUGUUCAGGAACCAAAAAGACAUGUUUAUCGAACUUGACCGUUUUGCAGUUUCCUUGAAACAAGGGGCAAAUACGAUCACUCGCCACUCAACUGAGUCCUCCCUCACCAUCCCUUUCGAGCGUACUUUCCGUAAUUUGGACGUGAAUCGCCCCACUGGUGGGGACGCCUUAUCCCAAUUUAAUUUCUGUGGUUGCGGAUGGCCCCAACACAUGUUGUUGCCGAAAGGCACCGAAGCUGGCUAUUUGUGUCAGUUAUUUGUUAUGAUUUCGAACUACGCAGAUGAUAGGGUUGAACAAGAUACGUCAGGUACGUGCAAUGAUGGUGACACUUUUUGUGGAAUCAAAGAUAAGUUGUAUCCGGAUCGGCGCUCCAUGGGUUAUCCGUUUGAUAGAAUGCCGAGGGAUGGGGUUGACACCCUUCAGCAAUUUUUGACCCCCAAUAUGAGGGUGCAAGAUGUGGUGAUCCAGUUUAGUAAUCGGGUUGUCAAGCCACGCAGUCGUGAUUAGUUUUAUAAUAAGUGAAUUGUGUUUGAUCUUUAUUAUGUAACCGCUCUAACGCUUCCGCAUAUUAUUAAUAAAUUUGCUUUCAAAGUGA